AUGGCCUCCAACCAUCAAGCCGCCCAGGCGCCUGAAAAGGGCGAACUCAAUGCGGCGAACCCGCCUCUGACUGCUGCCGGCGGACCCGAAGUCGUUCACCAUGCCACCGCUCCUCCAGCCGAAUCCGUCUCGAGCGGUUCCUCUACAGCAUCCGUUGCCGAGAGCGCCGAAGGCCGCUGGGGUGAAACCAAUGCGGGCGAGCCCGUAUCUCGCCGCGGCGCGAGGGAAGAAUUGGAGGAGAUGCGCCGGGAAUUGACUCGGCUGAGUCUGCAUCGCACCCGAUCUACGACCGCCAAGAGCGCCCGCCGCCGGCAAUCCCGAGCCAGCCGCAAGGAUGAAGAAGCCGGCAUUGACGACCUGGAUGCUGAUUCGGAGACCGAGGUGGGCAGUGAUUUCGACCUCAGUGAAUUUUUGAUGGGAGGACACUUGGAGCGGCGAACGACGGCCGGCGAACCCGCCAAGAAAGUGGGAGUCGUCUUCAAGAAUUUGACGGUCAAAGGCGUCGAGACGGGCGCGUCAUUCGUGCGGACGCUGCCUCACGCCGUGGUGGGGACAUUCGGCCCGGACUUGUACAACGUCAUUUGCCGAUUCGUGCCCCAACUGCGAUUCGGCAAGAAGCCGCCCAUUCGGGACCUGAUCCAUGACUUCAGUGGCGCCGUCCGCGAGGGCGAGAUGAUGCUGGUGCUGGGUCGUCCAGGCGCCGGGUGUUCCACGUUUUUGAAGGCCAUUGCCAACGAUCGCAGUGCCUUUGCCGGGGUUGAGGGUGAGGUCAGCUACGGUGGUCUUUCCGCUGAGGAUCAACACAAGCACUUCCGUGGUGAAGUCAACUACAAUCAGGAGGAUGACCAGCAUUUCCCGACCCUCACGGUCUGGCAGACCCUCAAGUUCUCCCUGGCCAACAAGACCCGCAAACAUGACCGCGAGAGCAUUCCGAUCAUCAUCGAUGCCCUCCUCAAGAUGUUCGGCAUCAGUCACACCAAGAACACCUUGGUGGGAAACGAGUACGUCCGGGGUGUUUCGGGUGGUGAGCGGAAACGUGUCAGUAUCGCCGAGACAUUGGCGACCAAGUCGACGGUCGUGUGUUGGGACAACUCCACCCGUGGAUUGGACGCGAGCACUGCGCUGGACUAUGCCAAAUCUCUCCGGAUCAUGACCGACGUGAGCAAGCGGACCACGUUGGUGACCUUGUACCAGGCCGGAGAGAGCAUCUACGAGCUGAUGGACAAGGUCCUGGUGAUCGACGAGGGUCGAAUGCUGUACCAAGGCCCGGCCAACGAGGCCCGUCAGUACUUCAUCGACUUGGGCUUCCACUGCCCCCCGCAAUCCACCACUGCCGACUUCUUGACCUCGCUUUGUGAUCCUAAUGCCCGCCAGUUCCAACCCGGUCGCGAAGCCUCGACGCCCAAGACAGCAGAGGCAUUGGAGCAAGUCUUCAGACAGAGCCAAUCCUAUCAAUAUAUCACCAACGACAUUUCAAAGUACGAGAAGCGCCUCAAUGAAACGCAACAGGAGGACACUCGCACCUUCCAAAAGACCGUCGCUCAAUCCAAGAGUAAGACUGUGUCCAAGAAGUCUCCCUACACGGUCUCCCUGGUGCGACAGGUUCUUGCUUGUGUCAAGCGCGAAUUUUGGUUGCUGUGGGGUGACAAGACUUCUCUGUACACGAAGUUCUUCAUCAUCAUUUCCAACGCCCUCAUCGUCUCGUCUCUGUUCUAUGGGGAAGCACUGGAUACCAGCGGUGCUUUCUCCCGUGGUGGUGCUCUGUUCUUCUCUAUUCUCUUCCUCGGCUGGCUUCAAUUGACCGAGCUGAUGCCCGCUGUGAGCGGCCGAGCGAUCGUUGCUCGCCACAAGGAUUAUGCUUUCUAUCGUCCCUCCGCAGUCUCAAUUGCCCGUGUGGUGGUUGAUUUCCCUGCGAUUCUCGCCAUGGUCGUCCCCUUUUCUAUCAUCAUGUACUUCAUGACAGGCUUGGAUGUGACGGCAUCGAAGUUCUUCAUUUACUUCCUGUUUGUGUAUACGACCACGUUCUGCAUUACUUCGAUGUACCGCAUGUUCGCUGCCCUCUCCCCGACUAUUGACGACGCUGUGCGGUUCGCUGGUAUUGCUCUGAACCUUCUCGUUCUCUUCGUCGGCUAUGUGAUUCCAAAAACGACUCUUGUUCACGACUCCAUCUGGUUCGGAUGGCUCUUCUACGUCAACCCUAUCUCGUACAGUUACGAAGCUGUGUUGACCAAUGAGUUCGCUGAUCGAACCAUGGAAUGUGCACCUUCUCAAUUAGUUCCGCAGGGUCCUGGCGUCGUUCCCGGCCAUCAAGGCUGCGCGCUGACCGGCUCCCCCUUGGGCGAAACCACGGUUCCUGGCAGUCAGUAUCUGCAGGCGAACUUCCAAUUCACCCGGUCUCAUCUCUGGCGCAACUUCGGUGUCGUCAUUGCCUUCACUGUCCUGUAUAUCCUGGUCACGAUUUGGGCAGCUGAGUUCCUUUCCUUUGUGGGCGGUGGCGGCGGUGCCCUGGUCUUCAAGAAAUCGAAGCGCUCGAAGCAAAUCGCCAAGCAGACCUCGCCCAACAGUGACGAGGAGAAGGUCUCCGAUGCAAACGACAACGCGGCUCUUGCCCGUGGUGAAGCCGCCUCAGCUCCCAAUGAGAACAACUUCAACCGCCUGUCAUCGAGCGAGCGUUGUUUCACCUGGUCCAACGUUGAAUAUACUGUCCCAUACGGCAAUGGCACUCGUAAGCUGCUCAACAACGUGAAUGGUUACGCCAAACCCGGUAUCAUGAUUGCCUUGAUGGGCGCUUCUGGUGCUGGAAAGACCACUCUUCUCAACACUCUUGCGCAGCGUCAGAAGAUGGGUGUCGUCAAAGGCGACAUGCUUGUGGAUGGCCACCCCCUUGGUGCCGACUUCCAGCGUGGUACCGGUUUCUGCGAGCAGAUGGAUCUCCAUGACAACACCUCGACCAUUCGUGAAGCUUUUGAAUUCUCUGCUCUUCUUCGUCAAGACCGGGACACUCCUCGCCAGGAGAAACUCGACUACGUCAACCGCAUCAUCGACCUGCUGGAGCUAGAAGACAUUCAGGACGCCAUCAUUGGAUCUUUGAAUGUGGAGCAGAAGAAACGUGUUACGAUCGGCGUGGAAUUAGCCGCUAAGCCUAGUCUCCUGCUGUUCCUUGACGAGCCGACGUCUGGUUUGGACAGUCAAGCCGCGUUCUCGAUUGUCCGUUUCCUUAAGAAGCUCUCUCAGGCCGGUCAGGCCAUCGUCUGCACCAUCCACCAGCCUUCCUCCAUGCUCAUCCAGCAAUUCGACAUGAUUCUCGCUCUCAACCCCGGCGGUAACACCUUUUACUUCGGUCCUGUUGGCGAGGACGGCUCCGCUGUGACCAAGUACUUUGCCGAGCGCGGAUUUGUCUGCCCCCCUGCAAAGAACGUUGCAGAGUUCAUUCUCGAAACUGCCGCCAAGGGCACGCAACGUGACGGCAAGCAGGUUGACUGGAACGAGGAGUGGCGGAACUCUGCUGAGAACAAGGCGAUGCUGGAGGAGAUCGAGCGAAUCAAGACUGAACGAAGCAAAGUUCCCAUUGAGGAUUCCGGUACUUCUCAAUACGAAUUUGCGGCACCUACUCGCGUCCAGGCACAGCUUCUCACCAAGCGAUUGUUCCUGCAAUACUGGCGCGAUCCCAGCUACUACUAUGGCAAGCUCUUCGUCAGCGUCAUUAUCGGUAUCUUCAAUGGUUUCACCUUUUACAUGCUGCCCCGUACGGUUGCAUCAAUGCAAGAUCGGAUGUUCUCAGUAUUCUUGAUCAUCCUGAUCCCGCCCAUCAUCAUGAACUCCGUCGUCCCCAAGUUCUACAUCAAUCGAGCUCUCUGGGAAGCUCGUGAAUAUCCAUCUCGUAUCUACGGCUGGGUCGCCUUUGCCACUGCCAACGUCGUCUGUGAAAUUCCCGCUGCCAUCGUCACUGGUCUUGUCUACUGGCUGCUCUGGUACUACCCUGUCGGUCUGCCCACCGACUCGUCUUCUGCCGGUUACGUUUUCCUCAUGUCGAUGCUGUUCUUCCUCUUCCAGGCCUCCUGGGGACAGUGGAUCUGCGCCUUCGCGCCUUCCUUCACCGUCAUCUCCAACGUUCUGCCCUUCUUCUUCGUCAUGGUCAACUUGUUCAACGGUAUCGUCCGCCCUUACUCGGAUUACCCGGUCUUCUGGAAGUACUGGAUGUACUACGUCAACCCCGUCACCUGGUGGCUCCGUGGUGUGCUCUCCGUCGUCCUUCCCGAUGUUACGAUCGAGUGUACCGCGUUGGAGACGACUCGCUUCAACCCGCCCGCCGGUCAGACCUGUGGUCAGUACGCAGGCAACUUUGUCAGCAACAUCGCCAAAUCCGGCUACCUGGUCGACCCGGGCGCAACGCAAGACUGCCAGUAUUGCCCCUACUCCACCGGUGCAGAGUACAUGAAGAACCUGAACGUGCACCGCGACGACAAAUGGCGCUGCUUCGGGAUCUUCCUGGCCUUUGUGAUCAUUAACUGGAUCCUGGUGUACUUCUUCAUCUACACUGUCCGUGUUCGAGGCUGGAGCUUCGGCUUCGGCUACAUCUUUGGCUUGGCUGGAACUCUGGUUGAAAAGAUCAAGGGUCUCUUCAAGCGCAAGGAGAAGAGCGAAACGCAGUGA